AUGUCUGAAAAACACGAAAAGCCCCAGCCAAAGCCUGAAGCGGCCCAAGACGUGCAGCACUCGGAAGCGUCCCUCGACAAUGACACAGAGGUCGACCCCGAGCACUUUAUGCUCUCCAAAGAGAACAAGCAGCUCCUCGCCGACAACCACGCGUACGUGUGGCGCAAAGACGAGCAAGGCAAUCUCUUGGUAAAGUCUUCGAAGGGCGACCCGAGCGACCCGAGGAGCUGGCCGAAUUGGAAGAGGUAUGCCAUCGUCGGGCUCGCGAGUUUGUUGAACAACUUGGUCUGUCUUUGUGUAUCAGGCUACAGUACCGGCGUCAGGCAGAUGGAAGAAGAGUUCGGCUUCAGUGCCGAAGUCGGUACAGUCGGCUUGUCUCUCUACGUCCUUGGUUUUGCGUUGGGUCCUAUGUGUCUCGCGCCGUUGAGUGAAUUUUUCGGGCGUCGGCCAGUAUAUCUCGUCAGUUGGACGAUCUUUACCCUGUUCCAGCUUCCUCUCGCGCUUGCUAAGAAUGUGGCGACGAUCUUGGUAUGCCGUUUCAUCCAAGGUUUCGCUGGAUCAACGCCCCUUGCCAACACGGGUGGUGUCGUGCACGACGUCUUUGCCGUCAAAGAAGCUGGCUAUGCCGUCGCCAUCUAUGCGCUCUCCAGUGCCGACGGUCCUGCUUUGGGCAAUGUCAUCUCUGGAUACCUGGCCCAAGAAGCCGGGUGGAGAUGGCUUUUCUGGACUUAUUUGAUCAUCUUUGGCACCUUCCUCGUCAUCAUCUUCUUCUUCCUUCCCGAAACCCGCUCCACUAUCAUCCUCGCCCGCAAAACCAAGUCCCUCCGCGCAGCUACCGGUCUCCCCUUCUGGGCCGAACACGAGCUCGUCAAGAAAGAUCCCGGCCAUCUGUGGAAAGUAACGAUCGUCAGGCCCUUUUCAUUCUUGUGGAAUGAGCCGAUUACUUAUUUGUGUGCGGGGAUUAAUGGGUAUAUUUUUGGGAUUGUGUUUUUGAGUAAUGAGGCGUUUCCGUUGAUCUUUGGGUCGGGUAAUGGUGGACACGGAUGGACUCACUCGGGUACAGUCAACGCCACAUUCGGCGCCUACGCCGUCGGCGCCAUCCUCGCCUUCCUCCUCACCCCCCUCCAAGAAUCCCAAUACCGCGCCGCCUCCGCCCGCCGCGGCACCUCCGACCCCGAAGCACGAUGGUGGUCUUCCCUCUGGGCAACGCCGUUCAUGCCUUUGGGCCUGAUGAUUGCGGCGUGGACGUCGUAUCCGCAUUUGCCGUGGAUCGCGCCGUUAAUUGGGAUGACGAUGUUUGGAUUUGGGUUUUAUAUUAUCAUUGCGGCGAUCCUCAACUAUGUCGUCGAUGGAUACGGCCAUUACUCUGCUAGUGCCCUCGGCGGCGUCGUAUUCGUCCGAAACAUUGUCGGCGCCAUCUUCCCUCUCUUCAGUACACAAAUGUUCAAAGGGAUGGGCAACCAAUGGGCCCUCUUCCUGCUGUCAAUGGUAUCAUUCUUGAUGGUACCCAUUCCCAUCUAUUUCUUCUUUAGGGGCAAGGGGGCGAGGGAUAGGUCGCCUUACUGUGCUGAGCACGCGAAUGAGGAUUAG